AUGGCCGGCCGCCAGCUUCUCCUCCUGCUCUGCGCGGCGCUGGCAGGCGAGCUCCGGGCUGAAGGAGGGGUAUUCAUCAAGAAAGAAAAUGCUGAUAAUUUCUUGGAAAGGACAAAGCGUGCUAACUCAUUUUUGGAGGAAUUUAAGCAAGGGAAUAUUGAAAGAGAAUGCAUUGAGGAGCGCUGCUCAAAAGAAGAAGCGAGAGAAGCCUUUGAAGACCAGGAGAAAACUGAGGAAUUCUGGAACAUCUAUGUAGAUGGGGACCAGUGCAGCUCAAAUCCGUGUCACUAUGGUGGACAUUGUAAAGAUGGAAUUGCUUCCUACACUUGCUCGUGCCUGGAUGGUUAUCAAGGCAAAAACUGUGAAUUUGUCAUACCAAAGUACUGCAAAAUAAACAAUGGUGACUGUGAACAGUUCUGCAGCAUCAAAAAAAGUGUUCAGAAGGCUGUUGUGUGUUCCUGUGCAAAAGGGUACACCCUAGCAGAAGAUGGCAAACACUGUGUUUCAGCAGUAAAGUAUCCAUGUGGAAGAGUUUUUGUGAAAAGGAAGAAAAGGUCAGUUAUUUUACCUUCUGACAAUAGCAGUGUAAUUAGUGAUCAAGAUGGCCCUUCCACAAAUGGGACAAUUUUGGAGGAGGACUUUGUUACUACCACAGAAAGCCCAACCGUCAGUCCUGGAAAUGAAACAAGUAACAAGAAUCCACAUGUCAUUACCAGGAUAGUAGGUGGUGAUGAGUGUCUCCUUGGAGAGUGUCCAUGGCAGGCUGUUCUGUUAAAUGAGGAAGGGGAAGAGUUUUGUGGUGGAACUAUUUUAACUGAAAAUUUUAUACUUACUGCAGCUCAUUGUAUGAACCAAUCUAAAGAAAUUAAAGUUGUUGUUGGUGAAGUGGACAGAGAAGAGAAAGAGCAGUCUGAAACGAUGCAUACUGUGGACAAAAUACUUGUUCACUCCAAAUACAUCGCCGAGACAUACGAUAACGACAUAGCCUUAAUAAAGCUGAAGGAACCGAUAACGUUUUCUGAGUACGUUAUCGCAGCUUGCCUCCCUGAAGCAGACUUUGCUAAUGAAGUUCUGAUGAACCAAAGAUCUGGGAUGGUUAGUGGCUUUGGACGUGAAUUUGAGGGUGGACGACUGUCCAAGAAACUGAAAGUGCUUGAAGUCCCCUAUGUUGAUAGGAACACUUGCAAGCAAUCCACUAACUUUGCAAUAACAGAAAACAUGUUCUGUGCUGGUUAUGAGACAGAGCAAAAAGAUGCGUGUCAAGGAGACAGUGGAGGCCCCCAUGUGACCAGAUAUAAGGAUACUUAUUUUGUUACUGGAAUUGUUAGCUGGGGAGAAGGAUGUGCAAAGAAAGGCAAAUAUGGUGUCUAUACCAAACUGUCCAGGUUCUUACGCUGGGUAAGAAUGGCCAUGAGACAGAAUUUGUAG